AUGAUACUUUGCAUGGUGCCUUGGGAGUGUAAUCGGUUUGAAGAUUUGGAUUGCAGCCCUGGUGACGAAGAGGAGCACGAUGAGCUGUCACCUAGCCUCAAAGAGCGAAAAGAACGAGCAUCAAGCAGAGCUCGUGGCAUUCUUUCCAGAAAGAUUUGGAGCCACAAUCUAUUAUCGCUUCGAAACAAACCAACGAAUGAAUCCACGAAGCAUCACGACAAUGACGUUCACGAUACUAAGCUAGAAACGCAGUCAGGUCGAGCAAGGAGUAAGGCACUAUCGCCAAAAGUUCUUCUCUUGACACUUGUCAGCUUCCUGAUUACAUGGCUCGCCGCUCUUGGCCAUAAGAAACGACUCUCUGAAUAUCUUUACAUGGCAACUAUUAUAACCGUCGUAUCUGGCAGGGCGAUACCGCCCGAGAAUAGCGAGACAAGGACAUCGCCACCAUUCUCUGGCGAUUCAAACCCACUCCAAAGCCUGACAGACAAGUUCGAACUCUUAAAAAAUUGGGGUAUCGAAGCAGCUAUUGCAUUGGCUGUGAUUGCUGCAUGCGAAAUUAUCAAGAUCUUUUGCAAGAAAGUGCAGCAUCGACUUCUGAGUUUCACGUGUAUGGUCACUUCAACAUGUUCCUUCGCAUAUCUCCGCGAUCGCGAAGAUACAACGGUCGGGCUCCUUGCAGGCUAUAUCGUCGUUGGUAUGAUUCUUGCGAUGAUGAUUCUUUGGGGGGGAUUUACGCUCAUGCAGCCUUUGAUCGGCUCUGUAAAGAUUGACGUAUUCAUCUUACCAUCGAUCAUAUGCUCAUUUGCGAUACUAGAGAUGAUCGUGAAAGCUCAAGACAAUAUGAUCCGCCGAAUUAGACAGUAAAAAUCUCAUCGUUCCUCGCAUCAGGGUUCGGAUAUCUGGCGACUAGCUCCCCACACUUCUGAGAAGGAAAAAGAAAGAUUGCGUUCUCAAAAGUACGUCAUAGGAACGAGGCGUGUCAUGAUACGCUACUUUCCUUUUUGACACAUUAUGGGCGUUGGUUCAGGGAGUUUUAGAGGGCUCAAGGGGUAUUUGUUUGAUCCGCUCGCCCCUUGUGCCUGAGCAGGAGCAAACACCAAUGUACAUAAAAUCUAACCAAAUAUAUAAGAAAAAAUAAAGAAUCAACAAGUUGUAC